AUGAUGGGUAGUAGCGUUUGCGCCGAUAAGCAACACAAGCUCCACCAGUUGUACCACCACAACCUCACCAAAAAGCCCUCUCCCCUCCGCGACCUCGACAUCCCUCCCCGCAAGCUCCGCCACCACGACCAACACUCCCCCGACGGCGGAGCCGCCGCCGCCUUCUCCAAGUUCCUCCCCGCCCCCGGCUCCGACUCUGACGACUCCGACGACCCCUACUCGUCGGACCACUUCCGUAUGUUCGAGUUCAAGGUCCGCAAGUGCAGCCGCAGCCGCAGCCACGACUGGACCGACUGUCCCUUCGCCCACCCGGGAGAGAAGGCCCGCCGCCGCGACCCCCGACGCUUCCGCUACUCCGGCACCGUCUGCCCCGACUUCCGCAAGGGCACCUGCCCACGCGCCGACUCCUGCGAGUUCUCCCACGGCGUCUUCGAGUGCUGGCUCCACCCUUCCCGCUACCGCACAGAGGCCUGCAAGGACGGCAAGAACUGCAAGCGUAAAGUCUGCUUCUUCGCUCACUCCUCCCGCCAGCUCCGCAUCGUUCCGGCCGAUCUCGAAUCCGACGACUCCCCCACCAGAACAUCCCCCAACGCCGCCGCCAACAACAACCACUGCUGCCCCCUGUGCCACUCCAUGGCCGCCGCAGCCGUGGCUGCUGCAGCUGCCGCCGCCUCCCCAAACUCCACCCUCAUCCCCCACGUCUCUCCGCCGCCGUCCCCUCCGGCGCCCUUCUCGCCGGAGAUCUCCCGCUUCCACGGGCUCGACGGGAUGAGGUACAAGGAGGCGCUGGCCGAGGUCAUGGCCGCGUUCGAGGCCAUGAAUCCGGCGGCGGCCGACCUUCCUCCCUCGCCCGCGGCCUCCGGCGGCUUGCCUUGGCUGGACGUGAACUUCGGGAUCGAUCAGGAGCAGCCGCAGUUUGCUAUGUCACCGAGUUCGGGCCGGGCCCGGCUUGGGCCGGGGCCGGCAAAGUUCUCUUCCUUCGCCGGAAGGAAUCUGAUGGAGGACGGAAGGAAUAAUGGAAACGGAAACGAGGGUGGUUCGACUUCCGGCGGGCCGGAUCUGGAGUGGGUGAAUGAUCUGCUCACUUAA